CUAAGAGACAGAGCUCUGUUUCACACUGUAAGACACUGGAAGCUACGAGGGGUAUUGCUUUCGCUGAGGGACUUACUCUGGGCACCUUGAGAUCCUCACAGGGUGCUGCCCCUCUCAUCUCCAAGAAUAAACUCUGAAGCCAGUGGCUGUGUGGACCUGAAUCAUCAGGGAGCCGGCUGGAGGAGGGGAGUGACCUCGCCAGAGGACCAAGAGCAGGCUAUAUAAGCUCCAGAGAGCUGGACUUCUCACAGAUCUCGUCCCUCUGCUACUGCUGUCCAAGGCACUCUUGGAGAGCCGGCUUGCCCAGCACACACCAUGUCCCAGGAUGGCGCUCCUGAAGCCCCCAUCAAGAAGAAGCGGCCCCCUGUGAAGGAGGAGGACCUGAAGGGGGCCCGAGAGAACCUGAACAAGAACCAGGAAAUCAAAUCUAAGACUUACCAGGUCAUGCGGGAUUGUGAGCAAGCUGGCUCGGCCGCCCCAUCUGUGUUCAGCCGCAGUCGCACAGGUACUGAGACCGUCUUUGAGAAGCCCAAAGCCGGACCAGCCAAGAGCGUCUUUGGUUGAGAAGAGCUCACCACUCCUCUUGCCUUCCUGAGCCUGCGGACACAGGAGCUUUUCCCACGAACUUUUUUUUUUAAUGCCCCAAUGUGCCCUUCCACCCCCGCUGACUCCAGGACUGCCGCCCCUCCUCCACUGCCCUGGCCCUUUGGUACCAGCACUUGCAAACACCAAUAAAAAAGAUGCCCAGUUGACCUCGGUGUUGGGAGGGUGUUGGUGGGUCGUGGCCACUAUCUGCAGAGGAGCUGGAGGACAGGGGAGCACGGAGGAGCAUAGAAACUUGCCUGUAACCUUCCUGGGCUUUGGGGAAGGCCCCAGGGGAUAAUGCAGGUGCUUUGGGGGCUACUGAGACAUUAAAAAGGGCCUGGGACAUGGCGACCUGAUACUGA